GCCUUCAGGCAUCUCCAAGGGAACGGUGCGCUCCCGUGAGAGCGCAUAACUUGUAACGUCCGUCUAAUCAACUGAAGACCAACUAACUAAUGUCUUAUUUUAAAACUGUGCCCGUGUUUUCACGGGCUGCGGUUGAACUACUUUGUAGAAGGUUAAAUGUCCUUUCCAACCGAAGGUUGCGGUCUACCGUCGCUUCAGCCCGGACGGACAGGGGCAAUGUCAACACUACAGAAGACGUCGCACAGUCACAGUUCUCGCGGCCGAAAUCCUCGUGCAAAAUCGUGGUGGAUUUUGAGCAGACACAAGAAGCAUACAAAAGCAAAGACAGUUUAGAACUGCUGAGAAGUCUGGUGGUUUUCAAACUUUGCACUUAUGACAUACUGGUCGAUAAGAAUAAGGAGUUGAUGGACCUGAGUAAGAAGCUGCUGGGCCAGAAGGCCUUCGAGCAGUUCAUGAAGAUGACGUUCUACGGCCAGUUUGUGGCGGGAGAGGACCACAAGUCCAUCGGGCCGCUGAUCCAGAAGAACCGAGCGUUCGGGGUGGGCUCCGUUCUGGACUACAGCGUGGAGGAGGACAUCUCUCAGGCGGAGGAGAUGGACUCGUGGGGAUUCACAGCACCAAAGGAAAACGUAGGGAAGAAGUUCGAGGCUCACCGACAGUUUGGGGACCGCCAAGGGGGCGUGACCAGCGCCCGUUCGUACGUCUACUCUGACGAGGGGAAGUGUGACAAACAUAUGGAGACCUUCCUCAAGUGCAUCGAGGCGUCUGGUGGCAACUCGGUGGACGGUUUCUCCGCCAUCAAGAUGACCGCUCUGGGACGGCCUCAGUUCCUGCUCCAGUUGUCGGAGACGCUGGUGAAAUGGCGCACCUUCUUCAGCUUCCUGGCUCUGCGGCAGGGGAAGGGAGACCUGGAUGCCCUGGAGCAGAGGCUGGAUGUGGAGCGGCUGCAGGAGUUUAUGACCAGGCUGGGAGCCAGAGGGGACUACAAAGGAUGGUUCGACACCGAGAAACCGGGAUCAUCAGGGACCAUUGACGUGCUGGACUGGAACAGCCUCAUGGACGACAGAACCAAGACAUCAGACCUGCUGGUGGUGCCGAACAUGAAGACAGGACAGCUGGAGCCUCUGCUCAGUGAGUUCUCAGAGGAAGAGGAGAAGCAGAUGAAGAGGCUGCUCCAGAGGAUGGACCUUCUAGCCAAGCAUGCAGAGGACCACGGUGUGCGUCUGAUGGUGGAUGCAGAACAGACCUACCUCCAGCCGGCUAUCAGUAGACUAACUCUGGAGAUGCAGAGGAUCUACAACAAAGACAAGCCGGUCAUCUUCAACACCUACCAGUGCUACCUCAAGGAAGCCUACAACAACGUCAGCAUGGACGUGGAGCUGUCGCGGCGAGAGGGCUGGUGCUUCGGGGCCAAGCUGGUCCGUGGAGCGUACAUGUACCAGGAGAGGAGCCGGGCCCGGGAGAUCGGCUACGACGACCCCAUCAACCCGGACUACGACUUCACCAACCUCAUGUACCACAGAUGCCUGGACUACGUACUGGAUGAGAUUGGGUUCCACAGGAAGACCAACGUCAUGGUGGCUUCUCACAACGAGGACACGGUGAAACACACUAUCAGACGGAUGAACGAGCUGGGCCUCACCCCCACGGAGAACAAGGUGUACUUCGGACAGCUACUGGGCAUGUGCGACCAGAUCAGCUUUCCACUGGGCCAGGCAGGGUUCCCCGUCUACAAGUACGUUCCCUACGGCCCUGUGGACGAGGUGAUCCCCUACCUGUCUCGGCGCGCCCAGGAGAACCGGGGCUUCAUGAAGGGGUCUCAGAGAGAGAGGGAGCUGCUGUGGAGAGAGCUGAAACGCAGGCUGGCCUCAGGGGAGCUCUUCUACACGCCUGCCUUCUGAGACGUCCACCAGGGGGCGCUGCGGCCUGCACGGACCUCGAGAACUGCCUUCGCGGCGUCACCUCUCGGGCCCGUUCGUCCAGCGAUCUAUCGCUUUCUCUGCCCAGUGUCCUCUGUUGACUCUGUUUAUCUGUCUCGCUAUAUUCUCCCUCCCUCGCUCGUUAAUCAAUAAUUGUUCCCCCUCUCGCUUCAUUUCAUUUUUUCUUCCCGACGCCCUUGUCCCUAUCUCUCGCUCUCUCUUCUUCUCUCUCUCUCAGUCUGUCUUUCCCUCUCUCUUUAUCUCCUGCCAUACCCCUUCUCUCUCUCCAGACCCUCUGCCCCUCUCUCUUUUCUCUCUCUUUCUUUUCUCUCUCUCUCUCUCUCUCUCUCUCUCUCUCUCUCUCUCUCUCUCUCUCUCUCUCUCUCUCUCUCUCUCUCUCUCUCUCGCUCGCUCUCUCACUCUCGCUCUCUCUCUCUCCUCCCUCUCUCUCAUCUCUGUGGUUCUCCAUCAGCAUUCCGGUCCCUGUCCUGCCCCCCCCCCCCCUCGCCCCAAAGCCUCCAUCCCAGAGAAGGAUCUUUACUGCCCCAACAGGACUUCCUCAAAUGUCAGCUCCUCCCCUCGGUUCGCCCAUCUUUAUCUCUCCAUUUAUCUUGGAGAGGGGCAACAAUCAUAAAAAUAACAAGGCGUGAUUUAAACGACCAUAAAGUAGACAUCCAUAUUCCUGUGUGUGUGUGUAAUGAUGGUGAUUCAGGGAGGCUGGCUAGCUGUCUGUCCCCCAGAGGCCAUCAGGGCCUGAGCGAGGCUGCAGGAGAUUUCUCCAAGAUGGAUCGCCGCUGCUAUACGGUGUUUAGGAGGUUAUGAUGGCGUAUAAAUCGCUAUAGAGAAUGCACUGUUGUAUACAUGCUUGCUGGAUCUCACACAGUGACAUAAGGCAUUAUAAGGACGGUUUAUGUGAGAGGAUGAAAUAAUGUGCAGUUUAGCUGGAUUUAGGUGAAUUACUCUUUUUUAUUGAGAUAUAUAGUAUGUGUGUUAAUAUCUCGGCGUUCCAGCAGGUUAGGCUUGUGUUGACGCUGUUUGCUGAAAAACGAGGAUGUUGUUCGUCAUGUUCAUGUAAAGACGAGCCUGGUCUUUUUUAAAGAUUCGUUUUGGAAAUUACUAGUAUAUAAAAAUACUGACGUGUCACUAUAUCACUUUCUGACUCUGGAGGCUUAAGGGAAGUGUUUUUAGAGAGGUUCCCAGGGCUGGGUCUAUCGGAGGUAGCACUGUGCUACACAGUGGCCUUAUAGGAGCGGACGGAGAGGUGUGGAUGGGUGAUAAUAACCCUGCUGUCUCUCUCACGUCCGGGUCACUGUGGGCUCAUGCCAGACUGCAGGCUGCUUGUCACACACAAACCCCAUCAGGUUCUACUGUAGACAGGCUCGACCAUGAGGAGUCACGGUUAACUCUGUGCGACUACCCAGAAUGCAUUGUUCCCAGUCUUCUUCUUCUCUAGCCUCCAUCCCUCAGGCUUUAUCCCCAGCCUCCAUCCUCAACCUCCCCCCAGCCUCAAUACCCAGCCUACCCCCCCAAGCCCUUCUCCAAAUAUCCGAUGGUUCACUAAUAAAAUGUAUUUUUGGAG